UACAAUUGUACAUGUCAACUGACAACAUUAAAAUUCUUGAUGACGAUAUUCUUCUACACCGUACCUCCUACGUCUGCCAUCCGAAUCAUACACGCCUUGACGACGCCGUACGCAAGCCUAGCCACUAUCUCCAACAACUAGCACCGACACAAUAGUCGGUCUAAUUUAUAAUUUGGCGUUGAAAUCGCGGCGAUUGUUCAUUCCUUAAAAUUCAUCACCGGCACUACCUACUCGUCUUACUUAUGACGACUAUUCUAGGUUACUAUCACGACGAUUUGUAGGGGGAGCUCAAUUAAGGGGAAAGCAACACUACAAACAUCACACAAGCACCCAACAUGGCUUCGUUCAAGGACCCGGGUGCCUCUUCUAUCACUGUCGCAGUGCGAGUGCGACCAUUCACAAUCAGAGAAGCAGCACAACUGCACCGUAACGAUGACGGGACCCUAUUUCUAGGAGACGGUUCCUUAGCAGCAGCUCCCCAGCCGAAGCUGAAGCAAAGUGGCAUCCGCUCCGUUAUUAAAGUUGUCGAUGACCGAUGCUUAGUAUUCGAUCCGCCGGAAGAUAAUCCUGUGCAGAAGUUUUCCAGAUCGGUAGUGCCGAACGGCAAAAAGGUCAAAGACCAAGUCUUCGCCUUCGACCGAAUAUUCGACGAGAACACCUCCCAAACCGAGGUAUACGAGGCAACGACAAAGAAUCUAUUAGAUAGUGUACUCGAUGGAUACAAUGCAACGGUAUUCGCGUACGGAGCCACGGGAUGUGGCAAGACGCAUACGAUCACUGGAACAUCUCAAAUGCCCGGAAUCAUAUUCUUGACGAUGCAAGAGCUCUUCGAGAAGAUUGCCGAUCGUAGCGACGAGAAGCAUACAGAGAUAUCCUUAUCAUACUUAGAGAUCUACAACGAGACUAUUCGAGAUCUGCUAGUCCCCGGCGGCAGCAAGCAAGGAUUGAUGCUCCGUGAGGAUUCCAACGCAGGCGUCACCGUCUCCGGACUCACAAGUCACCACCCCAAGGAUGUUCAAGAAGUUAUGGACAUGAUUGUGCAGGGAAACGAGUACCGGACGGUGUCACCUACGGAGGCAAAUGCUACUUCGUCUAGAUCUCAUGCUGUCCUGCAGAUUAACGUCGCCCAGAAAGAUCGCAAUGCAGCCGUCAACGAACCACAUACUAUGGCGACCCUGAGUAUCAUCGACUUGGCAGGCAGUGAACGAGCUAGUGCCACCAAGAAUCGAGGCGAACGACUUAUGGAAGGUGCAAAUAUCAACAAGUCGUUGCUAGCAUUGGGCAGCUGUAUUAAUGCGCUCUGCGAUCCUCGAAAGAAAAACCACGUACCCUACCGAAACAGCAAGUUGACACGACUGUUGAAGUUUUCGUUGGGCGGAAAUUGCAAGACGGUCAUGAUCGUUUGUGUCAGUCCGUCUAGCGCCCACUUCGACGAGACACAAAACACUCUGCGAUAUGCCAACCGAGCAAAGAACAUUCAGACGAAGGUGACUCGAAACGUCUUCAACGUCAACAGGCACGUCAAGGACUUCUUGGUAAAGAUCGACGAGCAGAUGGCCUUGAUUAACGAACUUAAAGCACAACAGAAGGACGCGGAGAGAAUAUUCUUCGCUAAAUUCCAGAAGCAGCUGGAGAAGAAAAGUUGGUCUGUAAAGGAAGGCGUCCAGAGAAUCCAAGCAGCGUAUGAGAACUCGCAGGCUGAGCGCCAAGAUAAGGUCAACCUCAUGAAGAAGCAACGCGGUAUCGAACGCCGUAUCGGACUACUAUCGUCAUGGAUUGCGGCGUUCGAUACAGUUUGCGAUAUGAGGGAGGAUGAGGAUUCGAUGCCGCCUAACCUCGUAGCCAUGCGCAAGACAGCGGUGGGCAUUCAACUAGAGCUCGAGAACAGCCGACAGCAUAUCCACCAAAAGCUGAGCAAGAUGAAUUGGGAGCGUGCUAUUGACGGAGCUCUCCAACAUAGUAUCAGCCAACUACCUUCGGGUGACGGACAUGCGGUGGACAACGGCGAAAUCGAGAGUCUAACGAGAGAAGCGGAGCUGUGGAAAGCCAACUUCGCUCGAGAAGCCGACCGCGAAGUUCUCGAGCAGGAUCGCGCAGGCGACGCAGGCAUUAUGCAAGUUCUUUUGACGGCACAAUUCGAAAUCCUUUCGUCGCUCGCCGAUACGAUGAACAUGAGCGAGGAAGAGGCAGUCGCCCAUGCGAAGAGCAUUAUCCACCGUCUUCUCGAGACCGGAUUUACGGCUACUGCUCAAGUGGUCAAGCCCGACGGGGCUAAGAUGCCGGUAGAAGCAUUUCCCCCCACGAAACGCGGAACUCCGAAGCGCAAGAAGACGGCAAACCUUAGCAAGGAGGCGGUCAAACCGAUACCAAACCCGGCUUUGGCAGCCGUCGUAGCAGCUCAACCACAGCCGGUACCUGGCUCGCCGUUCAAGGGAUCACCUCGACGCCGCAAGGCGCUUAACGCACGAAAAGGUGUCUCGUUUACCCCUUCAAAGAAGAAGUCACCUACGAGACGUGUAGUACGAUGGCGCGACGACGACGGCGAAUCCGGUACUUUAGCCGACUUUGAGAAGACUCCUCAAAAAUUCGACAAAUCGCCGGAACGCAGCUCGCCGCAGAAGGCGAUACCGCAAGUUUCUGCUAUCCCGUUGAACCUUAACAAGGACAGAGCAGAUAGUCCUGCUGAAGAAUCGAGCCCUUCUAUUACUGUUCCUGAGAUGUCAAGCAUCCCCGUUUCGAAGCCUAACAGGUUUCAAGCAGGAUUCUUGUCUAAAGCUCGACCGUCAGAUGCCGGAGGUUCGCCUACGCCACCGGCCAUCUCUAUAAACCAGACAUCCUCUUCCGAAGGCGAGGGGAGAGUUAGCCCGCUAAGAAACUUGGACGUCUCGAGAGCAGCUAACAUCUACUCUCCGAAGACGCGCCUUUCUCUAAGCCCUUCACAAAUACCGGCACCUCGAGUGUCCUCACUUUCGCCGCCUUCCGACGAGAACCAACCCCCUUCAUCCGAUUCGGAAAACUCCUCGAUUAUCGACACGUCUAAGCUACGUUCGGCGAUCCACGCAAGCAAGCGACCUAAGCGCUUGUCUUCGCUCGCGGGAAGCGUUACAGGUGCCAGCGGGGCCUCUAGAAGGGUCUCGUCGGUUGGACCGCUCACAGGCGCGCACAAGACCAGCGCCAGCUACUCGGGUCCCUUAGCAUCGAGCACCAACGGCAUCUCGCGACUGCGACGCGGCAGCGCGGAGAGACGUAGGAGCCCUCCUAUCAGCUGCUCGCCGCAAGAUAUGCCGGGCCAGUCGAAGGCGUUUACGCCCGGCCAGGCCAGACGCAUGAACCUGAGCAGCAGCGUGCGCGGCCUCAGCGGACUGGCUAGCCCCGGCGAGCGAAGAGAGAGGAUGGAAGCUACUAGCAGCCGCGGCCGCCGCAUUACUAUUGGUGGUUCGGCGAUGGCUGGCGGUAGCAUGAGGAAGGCUAGGAGCAGUUUGGCUUUGCGAUGAGCCCCUAGCCCCUCUAUAAAUAAUCACAGAAGCCCUUGACGGAUUUCGAGACAUGCAUGAACGAAGGAAUCGGGUGUGGAAAUGGAAUGACAUUUGCAGAUUGCGCGUCUUCGUUUCUUCUAGAAGUCUCUCCGGUCGAGACGAGACUGGAGUUUCGGGUGGUUCUUUUUUUUUUUUUACUUUCUAUCAUUCUCGCAACGUCACGAUCGGUCGGCCAGACAAGACAGUUCAUAGGAGUUUGGGAGAGGUUUCUGUAUAAAGUAAUUUUUCUGUAUUGACUAGGGUUCCGGGCCCUAUCAUAGGGCUACCGGUUGCGCGCUUAAGAAGCAGCAGCAGCAGCAACUCUGGUAAUGCGAUUCUCUGUUCAUUAUUCAUGUUGGGUGAUUGAUGGCCGGGGAUGAUUGGUGAUUUGGUGAUUUAGUGCGAGUGAGUGAGGUGCAUGAUUGUACGUUUUAUCAUUCUGCUAAUGGGCUUACGAAUUGAGUUUUUUUGGUGUUUAUUUUGGGAUGAGUAGAUGAUUACUUAAGGAACGUAAUAACCUUAGAGAAGAGCCUUCAAUAACAAAAUGAUACGAAGAAGAGGUUAUAAACG